GAACAAACUACAAAUCAUACACACUGCCAUCCUGGUACUAAUUUCAAGACUGAUAAAUCUAAAGAAGAUAAUAACAAAACAGAAAUCAAAAAAAAAUCACUUACAAAAGAACAAACUACAAGUCACAUACCAUAUUACCGUCUUGAUGCUAAUUUAAAGACCAGUGAACCUAAAGAAAACAAUAACAAAGUUAGUAGACAGAAAUCAAAAGAAAGUCAUCCACAAAAGAACAAACUACAAGUCACAUACCAUAUUACUAUCUUG